CGGUUACGGACGGUUAUGUGUUUUAAUUGCCGCCCUAGAGAAAAGUUCUCAUUUCUCUAGAAAUUUGGCUAGAAUUGUCUAGAAUUGUGAUAAGUUUUUCCAGUGAAAUAAUACGCGAAAAUCGAUUCAUGAAUCAUUGUUAUGCGAUGCCGAUAAGUGAUUGUUUGGGCUGUUAGCGAAAACCGAUUAUAAUUGAUGCCUAAAAUAGCCGGUUUCCAUCUUUACGUGCUAACAGAGUGUGAGAUGUUAACGAUGAUCUGAGUCAGAUGUGAUAUUAUUACUCGACGCGUGUGAGUUUAUACGUUCUUGCGUGACAUUGUGACUUUGAGUUCUCUGCUGCAAGUUACAAACUUUUUAUUCAAAAUAAAUAUUAAAAAAGGUUCCACUAGAAAGUGAGAAUGGAAUCAAAAUCAGAAGUACCUGUAAUAGCUCGUCGGCGACGAAGGGCUGCCCGCCAGUUGCGCGAAUCGACACCAGAUCCUUCGCAGCGAGAUGGGGCCACUGACGGAAACGGUAGCCAAAGUCAAAUGUCUGACGAACAGAGCGGAUCCGAGAGUAAGUCUUCCGUCGAAUCCAGCCCCAAAGGAUCGGUGAAAGGGGCAAAGAAAAGUUUCAUCGAACGUGCAAUGGAUUACAGCAACCAUCGAAACAAAAUUCUCAGCAGAAAAGAGAAAAAACUAACGAUAGUGACCCCUAGGAGCAAAUCGGUGCCACGCGAUAGCGAAGAGGUGCCAAGCAGUCCGGAGAUUUUCUCGCUACUGCGCCGGGCUAGGAGAAGCUUGACUGGCUCGCGCAAACCCAAAACCGAUGAUUCCAGUGAUGGUGGCAAGGUAUCGGACACUGAGGUUCGCAACCGUCGCGAGCGCAUCGAGCGCUACCAAACGGAACGCAAUAAAGAAGCGGAUUCUCGGUCGUCCCAGCUCCAGGCUAACUUGCAACGGUUCACCGAGGAUCGGCGAAAGUUUGAACUGGAGAAACUGCGAUUUCUGCAGGAGAAGCGUGAAUUGGAUCGAAUGAGACUCCGACGGUUCGACAGGUACCGCGAGGAGAUGCUUGAGGAGCAGCGACAGAAACUGCAGAUUGAACUGCGAAAUCGUGAGCAGGCGGAACGAAUUCAAACCAUUGAAGUUCCAACGUUGCCUCCGGUACCACCCACACGUGCCAAAACACCAGUUUCGCCCGUGUUGCCAAUGAAGAAACUAUUGAUCGUUCCGAAAAAAUCCGAAGCAUCGAGCAGUGAAGAUGAGAGACACAACACGAGCGAUGAGGAGAAGGUAGCAUCGAUUAGAAGAAGAUUUUCUCCCCGGAAACCAAAAAGACCACGGUCCAUUCGAGUUGAACAUUUGGAAAUACCAAAGACACCAGAACCGGCUACCUCGCCGGAGCCAGAAUCAGAACUUCCCUCGGAUUAUCCUCCGGAAACGGAGCCCACAUCUCCGAAUACGGAGCAAACGGUUGUGCCGGAUGUUAAGGCUGAGGAAGAAAUGGUGCUGACACAAAGGAUCGUAACGAAAGUUGAUAAUUGUUUGAUGAAAGGAAAUGAUAACGACAAACUGGAAACUAAAAUUGGAGCGGUUACGGAUAAGGAGUCCGAACAAACGCGCCAGGAUGAGGUUAAGAAGAAAAAGUUUGAGGUAACGAUUGUCGAGGAAAAGUCUGUAGAAGGGCCAAAAGAAAAAAAGCGAAGGCGAGCGUUGCUUAUUUAUGUUGAGAAGAAAGACGAUGAAUUUAGGUGGGGAGAAAUAUUUGAUGAAUUGAAGGAUUAUUGGUUGGACUUUUUAGACGACAACCCUCUGGAAAUUCAUAGACUGCGGAUUCAGGUGAAUGAAUGUUUGUUCUAUUUUGGAGUUUUGGUUAUGCUGUGUGGUGUCGGAGGAAUUAUAUUUAGGGUAACUGAGGGGACGUUCGAGUCUCAAUACAAGUGCGGAGUGAAGCGAGUUAAGCGAGAUUUUAUCGACUCGCUGUGGGUCUCCAGUCACAGUCAAAAGGAGGAAGAUUGGAAACAAACGGCUAGGGCUAGACUGAGGAAAUUCGAAGAAGAGUUACAGAUGGCAUUUGAAGCGGGAAUGAAGACAUACAGCGGUAACACGUCGUGGAACUUUAUCAACGGUGUGAUCUAUGCACUAACUGUGGUAUCAACUAUUGGAUAUGGCCACAUAUCUCCAUCCACAACGACUGGUCGAGCGUUGACGAUCGUGUACGCUAUCAUCGGAAUCCCGAUUUUCCUUAUAGUGCUGGCUGACUUCGGUAAAUUAUUUACGCGAGGGAUAAAAUUCUUAUGGGUUUAUGUUCGGCGGGUCUACUACACGGGAACGUUCCGAAAGGCUCGGAAAACUGCUCAAGUGAAGGAAGUCAUGAAGGGACUGAAUGUUGUUUACGAUAUGGUACGCCGUCCAAAUGGUGAACACGAAUUGCAUCCUGCGGGUCAACAGGCACCUGAUCAACCACAGCCAUCCACUUCAGCCGAUGCUAUUCCGCCAACUUGCGACUCUCCGACUGGAACGGGGGUUCCAGAGACCUUCCAAAUCGAUGAUGAAUUUAAUCUGCCCAUAUCCGUUGCGAUCUUUAUUCUGUUGGCCUAUAUGCUGUUCGGUGCCACUAUUUACUUCACCUGGGAAAAUUGGUCCUUUUUCGAGGCGUUCUAUUUUGUAUUCAUAUCCAUAUCUACCAUAGGUUUCGGAGAUUUCGUCCCACAACAUCCAAUUUACAUGAUGUGUAGUAUUUUGUAUCUAAUCUUCGGGCUCGCUUUAACCUCCAUGUGUAUUAAUGUUGUGCAGCUUAAGCUGAGUGACAGCUUCCGGCAAGCCAGUGCUAAAAUCGGAGCUACUAUUGGUCUCCAAAUGGCGGAAGCAGCUUCCCUGCAGCAUUCCCAAGUCCACACGCCGCAGGAGCUAUCAGCGAUUCACACAAGCACACCGACUGCCAACGGAGCUCAACAACAGUCAGCCGCAGACGUAAAUGGCGGGAUAACCAUAACUACAGGUCCAUCAGAAGCAGCUAACGAUAUUGUUGACAAAAAGGACUGCAAGAAUCGCUAAAAAUUCGAUAGUGAUAACAAUGACUGACAAACAAGAGGAUGACAGGAAAAAAUGAAACUAGUGAUUUGACAAACAAAAAUGUUUAUGCUUUAAGCCUAUUUACAUUAAAACAGCGGUAAAGCUAAGCACAAUCGCCAUAUUAUUCGAUAAGCGCAUUGCGAUUUAUAUUGAAUCAAACAAAAUCUUAUCAUGUACAUGUGCACUAGUGUUAUAAGAUGAGACAGGCACCAAACAAUGAUUGACCAUAUUUAUACGAAUUUUUCGCUUUUAGUAAUUUAGAAUAACGAAGGUUUUUAUCGCGUGCCUGAACGGUCUAAUCUGAUGGUUAUCAAAUAGAUUUAUGAAAACAAUAAUAGCAGCUUAUAUCCAUACAAGAGACUGUGUGACUUCUUUGAGGAGAGCUUAAAACAGUUGUUGAAUAGAUUUUUUCAUAUUCAGAGGAUGUUAAAUAAAACCAUACUCGUCGA